AUGUCUUCACGUCAGGAUGCAUCGAAGGCGAAGAGACCAUCGGGUGGGAGGGCCUUGCCGCGCCGUCUCUUCUCAAUUGAUUCGCUGAGGAAGGAAAAGUCUGGGUCAGAUUCAGACACGUCUUCCAUCGCAGAGUCGCGCCAGCACACCGAGAGUCCUUCCUUCCCUGCCUCUACACUUUCCAGCCUACCGGAGAAGUCGAACGAGGGGGCGGAUCCCUUUGCGGACCCAGGAGCAGGCGCGUGGACGGAGAAGGGACUUGUGCGGUCUCCGGACGAGCUGCAGGAACACGUAGAGGAGGAUGCGACGCCGAAAGUGAAGGUCCGUGCGCCCAAACCUAUACCACUCAAUCUCAGCCAGGGUAGGCCGCUGCUAAUGGAUGAGUCUGCCCCGCUGCGGUCUCCUGGUAAACGGCGGUGGGACACCUUGCGCUCACACGUCCUUCUUUCGACAAAUGGUGCCGCUAGUCCUCCGUUGGUACCUCCUCAUCGUCCGGAUUCCGCUCUGUCGAAUGCGUCAUCUAGGCCUCAGACGCCGAAAGGGUACCGCUUCGGUCAGAAGAAGAUAUUCCGCCAGGUUGUCGACCAGGCUCGUGAAGCAGCUGUCGAUGAAACUCGCAAAUUCACCGAGGAAAUUUGCAGGGCGUGUUGGGCCGUCCGCUAUGGUGAGCUUCCCAUGCGCCCGAAGGUUGAACGGGAGGCGUCUCAAGGCACUGUGGGGUCGUCCUUGUAUUUGCCCUUCAUCUCCUCUACGACUACGCUACCCAUGGCCUCUAGCGUGAGCCUGGCGACGUUGAAAUCGACACAGAAGUCGGGGAUGCAUAGGCCCCAGUCAAUCCAGUCGAUGUCAACUUCCAUCACCUCUCAGAUGCCCUCUAUGAGUUAUCUGUCCCGCGUUCUGACAUAUACGCCCUCUGUGGGUCGCUCACGAGUACUUCCUAUUGAGGAUUAUGUGCUUUCGACGCUCCUGUUACCGUUCCUGGGCCUGCAGGGCGCCAUGCAAGGGAACGAACGAGUCAGCCAGGAGCAGGAGAUUGCAGUGGAAACAUUUGAGUUUGUGGUGAGGACAUGGAGAACAACGUCCACUGAGGCAGAACUACAUCGCUGCCUAUGGUGCUGUAAGGCAGCUUCCGUCCCUUCCGGUUCUCGUGCACGUAUUCUAGGAACGUUGUCUACCCUCCUUUUCUCUCGCGACAAAGCAUUCAGCGUGGAAACGCCCGUGAUCUUGCGCACCCUUUUGCAUGCCAUAUUUACCCUUCUUUUGUCGCUCAGCUCGUCUUCGUAUUCUAAGGGUGAAGCAGAUUUACUACGGGAGUUCAUCUCUACGAUCCGGAACGGGCAGUGCGGGACACCUUCUUCCGCAUCUCUUGAGAAGGAGUACGGGGUGAGCUUCUCGCUUCGCGAGAAAGACUCCAGUGUGCGGCAGGCGAUACUCUCCGAGAGUGUCAUCAUGUGUCUCGAGCUUGGUUCGGAGAUCGUUCGUCGUAGGGCUCUACAGAGUCUGGUAGAGGAAUACUGGCCUCUGCCGGAGCCCUCUUUAACACUAACCCCGCUGCUGUCGUGUAUGUAUAGCCGGAAGCUGAAAACAUUCAUCAGCGCGGUGUUGUCGCUACUGUCAUCCCCGUCCGACCUGGGCGCUGCACGCGCUGACAGUGAUGUCAUCAUCCGUCUAUUCCGAUCUCGCAUUCUCCCCGAGGUGGAGGCUCUUCGGGAUACCGACUCUGCAGACGUAAAGACAGUGGCCAUAACGCUCGUGAUGGAGCUGUUGCCUAUUGACGGCAAUCAAGAACGAGACUACUUGAUCAUGCAUUUCUCCCACUGGUACCAUGACUUGCCGAAUUGGAAGGCAAGCAUUGAGAAGACCUUGCAGGAUUUGAUUGCUGAUGGUGAAUGGCCAGCGAUCCUCCGGAUGCUGUCUAUUGUGGCGAAGGAGUUACCUGACGAUCUUAGACUGCCGCUGGUGUCUCACAUAUUACCUUUACUGAACGAUCGCCUGAUGGCAAAUUCUCCCGAAUGCCCUUGCUCGCCUCUAUCGUCUUUCUUCGAUACCGUCUCACGUCUGUAUCCCAAAUUGUUCUUCAAACCGGUCUUCACUUGUGCGGCGUCCGCCAAGGACCUGACUAUCGCCAAUCAAAUAUGCGUCCUCACCGCAGUCUCGAAGUACCUUCCUGAUUUUUGGUUCCGUGACGCCGAUAUGAUGGCCGUGGCCCUUAUGAGUGACGCGACUGCCAUGAAAGUUAAACAACAAGUUGAAGGCCCUGCGUGGGGCAAGCCACGAAUAGGCCAGUCGGUAUUACUCCUGGAGCUGAUCGAGCACUUGCGGACUGUGCGCCAGUCGAAGGACCUCGGUGCUACCGCCAUGUCCAACAAGUUCGUCACUGCUCUGGAGGCACGGCUUGGUCUUCUACUAGAAGCAAAAGAGCAGACUGUCCUUGUCCCAGUAUCACAACGGAUAUUAUUCUGUGCUCUGUUUCGGGAGAUCAGAAUGCUCACGCGCUCUCUGAAACAUGCUUCUUGGCUCCCUUCUACAAUUUCAUGGACGCUGUACGAGCGUUCGGAAGAUCGCCGGCCUAGGGAAGAUUGGGACGACGAGGAAAUAGAGGAGAACAGAUCCUCAUUCAACCGAUUGCGAGCGUUGUACAUACAAGCGCAGGACGCAUCGCACGUGACGAACAAGCAUAGGACAACCGUCUUUGCAUCACCCACUCCUGAUAUGAAAUCGUCAGCCGGCACACAAGAUGCUUACGCUACUCGUUUUGAGACUUUGAAGGCCCUGGAUCAGCCCUUGAAGUUCACUUCCCUUGACCUUUUGGUGUCGGUUUCAGGACUUCUCAAGCCCCAUGACUACUUGCUCCUUGGUCCCACGCUAUGGAAGCACUGUCUGGAUGACCCAAGCAGCCACCUUAUCGCACCCACAUGUUUUGCCAUCAUGCAGUGUGCGGAAAAAUGUCCAAAUGAAUUUGAGCAGUUCGUUGAGAGUGACUUGUCACACACUGACGCCGAAGUGCGUCGCAAAGCGGUCCAGCGGAUCUCGACUCUUGCUAGCUGGAGGUUCCAGAUAAUGUCUCAGGAUGUCAUCCUUGACCGGAAUCACCGUCGUCCGUUCAAGUUUGCACGUCCGCCCAUUUUGUUCGUCCCGACGGACAUGGGAAGUAACUUAUUCGUGCUUGAAGAAGAUCCUGCUGAGUUCAAGGACAGGAAUGGUAAUGUGCUCCCAUUAGAAUUGCGGAGACGACUAUCGGAAAUUGGUUGGGAGCAGGAAGACCGCUUAGUAGACCCGAAGACCAUGUGGAUACGGACACCGAUGUCCCUUCUACCAAGCCAGCAGCUAGUCCAAGUAGAUGCAGACUUUGGCGACCCUUCGUUAUCAGAGUCACCGAGUGCAUCUCCGAGUGUGGAUAACUCGCCAACGAACUCACCUUCUGGACAUUUGUCUCUUGUGAGAAAGGAUUCUAGUUCCGGUGGCCGCUUACAAGGAGCCAAGAGAAGGCCAGUGUUUGUGCCGACUUUGGUCUCGAUGCUCCCACGUCUGGCCUCAAUGGUCAACGACAACGAUUUUGUGGUAGCAAAUGCAACCAGGACUUUAAUCCUUGAUUUGAUGCAGGACGAUCCUACACUGAUCACCCGUACAAUCUUCCACUUGAUUUCGGGUGAUGAACGAAGCAUGAUAUCUGCAACCUCCUCUUUGAGGAUCCUCCUACAUGUGCGACAUCUACUCCCGCCCGCGAUAACGCAUCAUAUCUUGAAUCAUCUAGCCGGUUUCCUCAAGCUGACCAGUCGACCAGCAGAUACCGCGACGCCUCUUCAGAGCUAUGCCUAUAUAGCACCUUCGAUUGCGAAGCUUGUCACACAAGUCAGCAAAAUGUCUAUGCGCGAGAUUCGUCGAGCGAAAGUCGAUAUCUACUUGAUACCGUCUGGGUCUCUUUGGUUCCCUUCAUCAGCUCCUCCUGGCCCCAUGUUUCCAAGAUCGCUAACGCGAGCCCAGGAUCCGUUCAUUCUUCCUCCAGAGUUAGUCUGGAUAACUAUGAUCAGGACUUCUCAGAACAUGCUCUUCCUGAACAUGUUGAAGCGAGAUCCUGGAGACGUCAAGGUGAUUAGGAAGAGCAAGACCAGAUUCGUAUUACCCUCCUUAAGUGAUGGCGCCGAUGAAGACUCGCUCCCCCUUCUUGCCUUCGCACCGCUGAAGCCUGAAUCACGACCACCCACUCCCUCCGCCACCCUGACCGCGUUAUCGCUGACUUUAGCCCGUAGCCACCUGCUGCUUGUUGUCCAGUUGUUCCGCUGCAUGCCACGGAAUCUGAGCGAUCGACAGGAGUUGGCUAUCCUUGUAGAUGGUCUUAACCGCAUACUACUCGCUCAUGGAGAUGAUGUUGGUAUAGUAGGCCACACGAUGUUAGCCUUUAUGAUGGCAAGUACGCGCUUUAAGCGCUUGUUCAUUUCAGGAGGAGGGUAUUCCCUGUUCAUGCCCGCAAUAUUCAAAACAUACUGUGAGGCAGAGUUCAAUGCUGGCAUCAGGGCUGCCAUUGAAUACGGCGUAAAUCGCUUCUAUGCCUUGCAUCAAGAGUCAUUUGUCUUUCAGAGCAUUGAUGUGAUAUCCCACCUCUUCAAGCUGCCCAAUGUCGAUGGUCCAUGGCUGGCCGGCCAUGUAUUCGCACUUUUCUCCACCUUGAAGAGCGGCGCUCCUCCGUCGGCUCACGAUGUUGCAGGAGUCGCGGACAUUAACAAGAUACAGGAACAAGAAGCUAUUUUACUCAGCGUAGCGGAGGAUGUCCCUCAAACGUUCUUUGCAUCACUGCGCAAGAGUAACACCGACAAAAGUCAAAUAGCCGUCGAGGUUCCUGAGGUGUAUGAAUGGAGACGUCUUGGGCUUGAUGACUUUGUUCGUCUGUUUUUGACGGUCAUUGCUCACAAUCCACUUAUCCAGCGAGCGGAGCGAUUCCUCAAGUUGCUCCGAUUGCUUGCACCUCAUCUCUACAAUGGAUCGAGUUCAGCUCGCGAUGUUCUUCGAGAGGGCAUUGACGCUUUGGGCGCCAUCAUACUUACCAGAGGUGGAGGAAGAACGAAAGCCGACAGUGGGCAAACUCGUCCUACGGAUGACUUCGAUUACGAGUUUCUCUCAGAGGGGCUCGGGCAAGGAGCCCAACCAGCAUUGUCCCCCAGCGACCAGCUUGUGAUGCGCCUCGAUUACUUGUCUCUGGUGCUCAUGUUCACGAAAGCAGGAGGCCAACUAGCUUCUGGCACUCCCCACCGAAUCGUGGAACUUUGCAAGCAAGUUCUCAGGGAUUCGCGCUCAAGUAGUGAACGUAUUGCUCAAUUCAUCGGCGACUACAUGGGCUCGGUCUUGCUGCACAAUAUACCUUCUCGUCUGAAAGGAGUGCUCUUACUUUUGAAUGAGUUCGCCCCGAUCACCUCCGCGUAUUGCGCCACGGUUGACUUUUCUGGUGUGUUUGAUGUGCUCACCAAGUUAGUCGACGAUCCUGUUCUAGUCGGAGAACCUGCUUUUGCCCAUGCGGUGGUCAGUCAGUAUUGUCGUGCUGGUCUGGAGGCCUGCGAGCUGGCGGCUUCGGAGGAUCUCUUGUUCUCUCUGCCCCUUCGAGGUAGUCUUAUCGCGUUGAUGGAUCAUGCGGUCUCCCUCGCAGGCGCAGACGUGAUCGCUGAGCUUGUAACGCGUAGCCCUUCGUACGAAUUCCUGGUUGGCAUUUUACUACCCUUUGUGCUGGCACUAAGGACUUCCGAGCAGGCAGCCGCCGAUUCCGAGGGCCAAUGGGCAAACGCGCAGCGUAGACAAGUCCAUUCGAAGGCAUGGAUUCGGCUCCUUGCCUACAUCCUGUCGGCUUGUCAAAACACGCACAUCCACAUGGAGCAGUCAAAAUCUCAUGGUCUUGACCGCCGCAAGUCUCAGGACAACCGUGGAUUAGUUGCAAGUACGAAGUCAGCAGCGGUGUUUACCAUGGCACUGCAGAUCCUCAAAGUCAUUGUCAUCCGUGCAGAAAAUGAUAUCAUGUCAAUUCACCCUGCUGUAUGGGCGCAACUCGGCACUAUUCUGAGGACGUUAUUCGAUGAAGGAGACGCGACCUUCGCGCUGAGACCGCGGAACGUCCAUCUGUCAGAUCCCCCAUCGCCAAUUCAGUCCCCCAAAUACGGGCAGAGUUUCAGCGAGCAACAAGUGGUUAUGUCUCAGUCGCAGCCCCCUGGUUCUGCAGAUGCGGGGCUUUGUACAGGAGAAGAUUGCGACAUUGCAUCAGCAGUUAUCACAGCAGCAGACCGCUAA